CACCAUUUAUGAACUCACGUAUAUAAGCACUCCUCUGUGAAGCAGCUCCAUAUCACCAGCAAGGGGUUUAAGCAGUCUUCUUUGUCCACACUGACAAACAAGCAGAAAGGAUGAAGGUGCUGCUCGCUGUAGCUGCUGUUCUAGCCGUGGCCAACUGUGCCAGCCUGUCUCUGGAGGACCUGGAGUUCCACGCCUGGAGGCUGAAGUUUGGGAGGACUUACAGCUCUCCAACGGAGGAGGCUCAGCGAAGGCAGACCUGGCUGAACAACCGUAAACUGGUGCUGGUGCACAACAUCUUGGCAGAUCAGGGCAUCAAGUCGUAUCGCCUCGGCAUGACUUACUUUGCUGACAUGGAAAAUGAGGAGUACAAGCGCCUGAUCUCUCAGGGCUGCCUGGGCUCCUUCAAUGCCUCUCUGCCCCGCCGAGGUUCCACCUUUUUCCGUCUGCCUGAAAACAAAGACCUGCCUGCCGCUGUUGACUGGCGGGACAAAGGAUAUGUCACUGACGUGAAGGACCAGAAGCAGUGCGGCUCCUGCUGGGCUUUCAGUGCUACUGGAUCGCUGGAGGGCCAGACCUUCAGGAAGACCGGCAAGUUGGUUUCUCUGAGUGAGCAGCAGCUGGUUGACUGCUCUGGUGACUAUGGGAACAUGGGCUGCGGCGGUGGACUGAUGGAUGAUGCCUUUAGGUACAUCCAAGCCACUGGAGGGAUAGACACAGAGGAGUCCUACCCUUAUGAGGCUGAGGACGGGGAAUGCCGUUACAAACCAGAUGCAGUCGGCGCCACAUGCACCGGCUAUGUUGAUGUGAGUUCAGGUGACGAGGAUGCGCUGCAAGAGGCUGUGGCCACCAUUGGACCAAUUUCUGUGGGCAUCGAUGCAUCUCACAUUUCCUUCCAGCUUUAUGAGUCAGGACUGUAUGAUGAGCCUCAGUGCAGCAGCUCAGAACUGGAUCACGGUGUCCUGGCUGUGGGAUACGGUUCAGAAAAUGGCCAAGACUACUGGCUGGUGAAGAACAGCUGGGGUCUGACAUGGGGAGAUCAGGGAUAUAUCAAGAUGUCCAAGAACAAAAGCAACCAGUGCGGGAUUGCCACAGCAGCUAGCUACCCAUUGGUUUAAACUGAUUCAAGACAUUUCUCUGUGAGGAGCAGGAGGACACUGAGAUCUAAUUCAAGUUGAUUCUACUGUGAAACAAUAUUUUAUUUUUUUAUUUUUGAAAGACACCUGAGAGCAUAAUCGUGAUUCAAAUUGACUCAUACUAAAUGUAAAAAUGUUUUUUUAAGAGAAAAAAUGUGAAGAAAUAAAAAAUACUAUCCAAAACACA